AUGAGUGACCGUAGGAAACGGAGUAAAAUUUGGAUACAUUUCAAUUACAUUGAUAAUACAAAGGCAGAGUGUAGAGCGUGCAAGGUUAAAAUCUCAUAUCGAACAGGCUCUACAAAUAAUCUGCACCGGCACCUGAGAACUGUACAUCCAUCAGUGCAGUUGGAAGAAAAAAGACAAGCAAGUGAACCUGCUACUAAUGAAAGUGACAGUUUGUCUACUGCAACUGUUGAAAGUGCCAGUUUGUCAAUGUCUACACCGUCAUCCAGUACAGCACCACAACCACCUAGACCUACAACCCAGAGCUCUAUGAGACAGUUUGUGCAAAAAGCCAUAACUCCAGUUAAACAGAACACAAUUGAUGAGGAAUUGGCUAAAAUGAUUGCACGUGAUUUCCAACCAUUUUCAAUCGUGGAAGACAAAGGAUUCAGAACCUUUACUCAUGCUCUCAAUCCAUUUUAUGUAAUUCCAAGCAGGAAAACUCUCUCCCACAAAAUUAUCCCAAACCUAUAUGACAGAAAACGUGCUUCACUGCAAGAGAGAGUUAAAAAAGCUCCAGGAGUUUGCCUGACAACUGACUGUUGGACAUCCCGCACCACCACAUCCUACAUGUCAGUUACUUGCCACUUUAUUGAAAAUUACAAAAUGGUGACCUGUCUUCUGGAUUGUUUUGAGUUCAGUGACAGACACACUUCUGAUAACUUAGCAGAGGAGCUGCUCAAUGUGGCAAAAGAGUGGGAUGUGGAAAACAAAGUGGUUUGCUGUGUCAGUGACAAUGCAGCUAACAUAAUUAAAGCAAUUAAAAUUCUGAAAUGGACCCACCACCCAUGUCUUGCACACACAAUUAACCUGUUUGUGAGAGAUGCUCUGAAGGUGAUGAAACCCACUGUGGACAAAGUGAAGGCAAUAGUGGAAUUCUUCCACAGGAGCACAACAGCCACAGAGAAGCUCAAAUCUACCCAACGACAGAUGGGCAUGCCUGAACUCAAGCUCAAACAGGAGUGCAUUACAAGGUGGAACUCAACCUUUCAUAUGCUAAAACGGAUUCUGGAGUCCAAGGAUGCAGUCAUCUCUACCCUGGCUGUUAUCAGUGCACCAGUUGAUCCUCUGAGCCAAGAGGAAUGGGAGUUGCUGCAGGAGACAUGCAUGGUUCUGGAGCCAUUUGAGCAGGUCACUGUGGAGAUCAGUGCAGACAGCUAUGUUACAGCAUCCAAAAUGCUGAUCCUGUGCAAGGGUCUGCAGAGAGUAACAACUGAGCACCAGACCAGAGUAACCACAGGGAAAGUGGAAGAGUUAGUGGCUGCUCUCUGUGCAUCCAUGGACAGAAAGUUUCACAGAAUAGAAUACAACAGUAUUCUUUCAGAAACCACCAUGCUUGACCCAAGAUUCAAAAGGUUGGCCUUUAAUGAAAACAGAGCGGCUGAUGAAGCUCUUCAGAGAAUAAGUGCAGCAGCAAGAUACUUCCAGCCAGCUCCAAUGCCAGGGGGCCAAGAGGGAGAAAAGGGAACAGAGGAUGAACAAGAGGAGCCACAAGCAUCUGCUGUUUGGAGGUUCUUUGAAGAACGAGCAACUGGUCCUGGAGACACUCAGAAAAGAAGGAAUCCCUCAGCAGAUGCAAUACUGGAAGUGAGAUCGUAUCUUGAGGAGCCUCUUUUCCAAAGAAGCGCAGACCCGCUGAGCUGGUGGGAAACCAAGGCUUCAGUUUACCCACGUCUUACGCAUGUAAUGGCACAGAGACUGUGCAUUGUAGCAACAUCAGUCCCCUCAGAGAGAAUCUUCUCCAAAACAGGGCAGAUAAUAACAGAGAGAAGAAACAGGAUCAACCCCUCAAAGCUGAGGCACUUGGUUUUUCUUAAUGCCAACCUUCUUUAA